AUGCCGAAAUCCCUCUCCAAAGUCUCCAAGCAAAUCUCCAAAAAGCGCGGUACCAAAUCCACCGCCCUGCACGAGUACUCGCGCGACUCGCGACGUCUCCAGCGCGCUGGUCUGCGCGACGAGAAGCUUCUCCGGCUAGCGACUGAGCGCGGCAAGCAGAACCAGCCCCACCUCCAGCGUGUCCACCAUUUCCAGCUCAUCGCGCAAUCUCCCGAAGCCCCCGACACGUUCGAUGCCUCAUCCUUGCAGUCCGCCAUUCUCGCCUACGUCCACCGCGACGAUGAGGAGCUUGCUGAGCUCAAGGCCGCACGGCGACCGGGCCGCCCGCCGGCAACGCGCGAGCAGCUUCUCGAGCAGCGCAUCGCGACCGAAACGAAGGAGUUCGAGCUCAGCGGCUUCUAUUGCCCUGAUAUGCGGGACGCGGCGACGGUCGAUAAGCUGCGUAGUUGGGACGGCGAGUGGGUGAGCUGCAACGCUAUGAAGUUUGUGCGCGUGAUCAAGGCCGGCGAGGUGAGGGAUAGUGUGUGGCCGCCGAAAGGGUUGAGCUGA